GCUGUGCUGGGAGGCAUCGGGCUUUAAGCUGACCUGUUACGGGGUUCUGGCCACGGAAAGGCCUCAAUGUCUCAAUCUCCCGAGUUUAAUCAGGUAAAGGCCCCCGUCACGUGGUGGCUGCGGGACCAGGACCUGUGGGCCGCGCCUGGGAGUAACAAGUGUCGGGCGAGAAGGAAGGAGAGAGGGGAGCCCCGGCCCUUGGUCCCACGUGCGUCACAGCCAUGGCUCAGUUGUUGGCUGGUGGCGGUGACGUGCGGGCGUGCGGCGCCGCCUCUCCCCUUGCCAUCUGUGGGUGACUUGAGCCUCUCGCCGGCAGCCCUGUGCCAAGCUGGGCCUGUUGGUGCCUCGAGGCUCACUCUCGCGUACCGUCCCAUGAGCGUUGCUAUGUUCCUCCAAACUCACCUACUUCUCCAUGUAGCAACGUGGGUGGCUUGGUUUGACGUCAGGCUGAGGUGGCGACAAGACCUCCGCCAGUGAGCCCGUCAAAACGAGGGACGCGGCGCCCUAAGUCACGUGUCGUUCAGGAGGGGGAGAUAAGCACUGUCUUGGCAACUCGAAAGUGAAGAGAGUUAGAGGAGAGUGAGUGAACGAGAGGUAGAGAGAAGGAGAAGGAGAGGUAGGGGUUAAAAUUUAAGAUUGUUCAUAUUGUGUAAAAGCUGAUAAAGAGGAUUCAAAUUCGGUUCAUACAUUCCAGAGUGGUUUUGAAUUCCUAGUUGGCGUCAUUGUGCGAAAAGAAGCAGUAAGUGUUUGGAAAAUAAAAAUAAACCAGGAUAUACUGAAGGAAAAUACAAUAUCAUUACUCUUAUUUGCUUGAAAGUGAGUGUUAAAAACCCAGGAUAUACUAAAGGAAAAAACUGUACCACUACUCUUAAUUGCUUGAAAUGUAGAGAAAUAAAGAAUAUUCAAUAGAAAAAAAAUCACUCAUACUUAAUACAAAUAACAAACAAGAGGUAUUCGUUCACACACAUCAGUAUUGAAACCCUUAACCUUUACUCUCUUAACGGUGACGGAGUGUGCUGGCGUGUGAGCUGGUGUGUGCUGCGUCCCUAUAGGUAAUUUUUUUUUUUUAUGCAAAAGGGAAAUCUGGCGAAGGACAACAUAAGCUUAAACAAAAAGUCCCACUUGAUUGCCAAUUCCCUUAAAUAGUAAUAGAGUUACGCAAAAGUCUGGGACAAAUGUCUUGAAACACAUUAUCUCAGCAGUCAGGCCAAAUGAUGCCACGCCAAGCCCUCAACCAGCGGCCAGGGAAGAGCUACAGUGCACAGUGAGGCCGCGGCAGAAACACACUGUUUAACAUGUUUGGCAAUGGUGUCUCUGGUGGUGAUGGCGGGGGCGGCGGCGACGGUGGUGGAGGUGGUAGAUGAUUUAGCCUCCACGGUGGUUGUGUGAAGAAUCCCCACUCUGUUGCUGAGCGAGUGAGUUAGCAAGAUAAUUCCUCACCCUCGCUUUCAUUACUGCGUGUCUGUUGAGUGGGGAAGUGUGUGGCGAGAAUAAUUUUCCGUUCUUCUUAUUUUCUUUGUCCACUUUGCCUGUCGUGAUGGCGUUCUUCCGUAACUGUCUCGUGGGUGGAGAGUGACGCGAUGUGAAGUGUGUGGCAGCGGCAAAUUAACAAGUACGGACAACCCUUAAGGGAAAUAAAAAGAAAUUGAAGCCACCGACCUCAGAAACACGAGGGCGGGGAAGAAAGAAAGAGUGCUAAGGAAAAGAAAAGAAUAGAGAAAGACUGACAAUUAUAAGAGGUAGAGGA